UCCUGCCCUGAAUCCAGCUUGUUCCAUUCUCAAAUGUCUGUCUACACCAAGUACAAUUCUUUUUAUUAUUAUUUUCCCCAUUAUUUUGGCAGUUGUUGCUAUUAGUGUGUGUGAUUAUAUAUGAUUAAAAAAAUAAGAUUUACAUGCUAUUACGGAUUUCAUGUAACAUCGCAGAAUGACGUUAACUUGGGUACACGAGAUUCAAAAUGGAGAAAUACAUGUCCACGCGCUAGUAUUCGAAUCGACGCCAUUGGGACCAAAAUUUUCAAGUUCCAUAGAUGGAGAAAGAAAUAUCAUUUGAAGAACAACUGAGCCUGGAAGAAUCGGAAAGAAAAAAAAAGGAACUUGAAAACUCUUUGUUGAAAAAAGAUGAGGACGGUACAAUGUAUGAAUGGGACGAGAAGAGGAAGGCUUGGUUCCCUAAGAUUGAUGAGGACUUCAUAGCGCAGUAUCAGAUGAAUUAUGGAGGAAGUGGAGAACAAGCUGGUGGUGAUAAUUUGGCCGCAGAUCAGGACCAGUACAGGCAGUAUUGGGAGGGGUUGGAUAUUAACAGUGAAGAAUAUCGUAAAAGGUAUACAGAAUAUUACCAGAAUUAUUACGCUCAGUUUUACCAACAGCAAGAUGAGCAAAGCAAUCAGCAAAGAGGGAAUGAGAUCAAAAAUGAAGAGGGGAGUAAAGGAAAGAAGAGGAAAUCUAGCAAAUUCAUGCCCCAGAAACCAGCAGAAGAUCCAAAGUGGUUUGAUGUAGAGGAUGAUAAAAACACAAAUGUUUAUGUAAGUGGUCUCCCGUUGGACAUCACAGAGGAUGAAUUCAAAGAAUUGAUGAAUAAAUGUGGAAUGAUCAUGUUCGACCCUCAACUGAAAAGUCUCAAACUUAAGCUAUACAGAGAUGAGAAAGGGGAACCAAAGGGUGAUGGCAGGUGCUGUUAUAUCAAGGUUGAAUCAGUGGAGCUGGCACUAAAAAUUUUGGAUGGAUAUGAUGUAAGGGGGCACAAAAUUCAUGUUGAACGAGCCAGAUUUACAAUGAAAGGCAGUUUUGAUCCUAGCAAGAAACGGAAGAAACUUACCAACAAAGAGAAAAAGAAACUGCAAGAAAAGCAGCAAAAAUUGUUUGAUUGGCGACCUGAGCGUCCAGUUGGUGCCAGACUUAAAUGUGAGAAAGUUGUCAUCCUGAAAAACAUGUUCUCUCCCAAAGAAUUUGAUGAAGACCCGAUGCUGAUUAAUGAACUCCGUGACGACGUCCGACAGGAAAGCUCCAAGUUUGGGGAAGUGAAAAAUGUCAAAAUCUAUGAUAACCACCCAGAAGGUGUGAUGUUGGUGUCAUUCAAGGAACCAGAGCAGGCAGAUUCUUGUAUCGCAGCGAUGAAUGGCCGUUGGUUUGCCAAACGUCAAAUCUCGGCGGAGUAUUGGGACGGAAAGACUAAAUAUGAAAUACAGGAGUCAGAAGCAGAGCGAAAUGAACGUCUGAGCAAAUGGGAGCAGUACUUGGAGAGUGAUAAAGAGAAGGGAAAGGACGGUCUUGACAGGUUGACCACAAUUCCUUCCUCUGCUGAGGCCACUGGAGCAGCAAGUGUGUGUAAAACGGAGACGGAGACUGGAGUGUCCACUGCUACUGCAUUUCAUAGCGAGGAUCAGACAACAACGGCAGACGACACAACAUCUGGGGCACAGGGGGGUCAAUGAUUACCUUGAAAUAUCUUAUCGUAAGACUUUGGAUCAUAAACUCUCAGGAGAGGCCUAUAAAGUUGUGCUUAUGCAAUACAUUUCAAAAUUGAACUCUAUUUACGUACAUGUAAAUCUGGUAGAUACACAUUGUAUAGAUAUUUAUUUGAAUGCGACUUUUGGGUAAUUUUUUUGUAUAAUUGAUCAUCAAUAUUUUUAACUACCCUGUUUUGAUCUUAAUUAUAAACUUAAAAUAUAUGUAA